GGAUACUGAAAGAUGGAGGACGAGGAUACCGGCGCCGCUAUGGACGGCAUUAUAACUCAGUUCAACACGUACGAGGACUUCCUGGACUCGCAGAUCACCUCGCUAGAUCUCUUCUAUCUGGAGGAUGAAGAACUAGCCCGUCAGCUGGUGGAGCUGGGCUACAGGGGAAGUGGUGAGGUACUAAAAAGAGAAGAGUUUGAGGCAAGAAAAGCUGCUGCAGAGGCUUCCAGGCUCUCCCAGAGAACUCAACAAAAGAUAUUGUCAAGUGCAGGAAAAGAAUUGAAUGAUAAUUUCCUGAAAGCAUUAGCCUUAAGGGAAGAGGCAAAUCGCAAUGGGAAGAUGACCUCUAUCAUCUUUAUCCGACAUAAAAAUUCACAUGGACAGGAGGUGUCUGGAUAUAUUGAUUAUUCUCUUCGUCUAAAGACAGAAGACUUUGAAGUCUAUUUUAGUGGCAAGAAAAAGCUCCUUCCAAGACCCACUGACCUAAGUUUCUAUAACUGGGAAACCCAUGUUUCAACUUCAAAUGCAAGUCCAAAUUACCAAGUGAUUGCAGAAAAUUCAUCUGGAUUACUGUUCAAAAAUAAGCGGGACAGGAAAAUACUAAACGUGGAUCCUAAGGCCUCACCAGGAGAUAAUUCAACUCGGACUCCUAUUCAAACCAGUCUAUACAUCCAAGCUGUUAUCUAUGACCACAUCACCCGAAGAAAGACUUGAACUGAAGAAAUAAACUUUGUCUUUACUUAUUAAAU